UACAGACGCAUGCGCCAAAUGCACCACCUUAAAGUGAUAAAGGCAAUAUUAUAGUUGUACUCGUGUAGAACUACAUUAGUUACAAAACUAGGAAGUGCCAGGUUUAGCUGUCUAUUCUUCCAGAUUAUACAUAUUUUACUAAAUUGAGAUACCGAAGAUGCUUUGAUUGAAUAGAACACGGACGGGCAUAGUUUUAUAAACUUUUCUCAAGUUCAUCUGCGCUCAUUAGUCGAGCUUGCUGGUCUUUUAGUACCAGUAAUUUACAGUACAGUAACGUUAUACUAUAGCUACAGGUUUCUGUCUGGAUUCUCAAUGGCUUGUGAAAGGACGUCAGAUGAACGAAUAGGAGAGGCCUUGAUAAAAGAGGUGUUUCAGGAACAGUUAAAGGAAGUCUCUUUAGAAGAAGCAGUGCCCUUUUCACUAUCAGAGACACCAGAAGUACAGAAUGAGGAAGAGCAGAAGAUUGUUGUCCAGCUGGCAACAAUGGUCCGGAUCAUUGGUGACAAGGUCAAGGACGACCAAGAGUUGAAAGAUGCCAUAGACGGGUUGGUGGCCUCAGGAAAAGAGUCCAACCAGAAAAACUACUGGCAGAUGGUGAAGCUGGUGUUUGAAGAUGGUAAAAUCACUUGGGAGAGGAUUGCUGUGCUGUUCUAUGUGGCAGGGAGGAUGGCUGUGAAGAUGGUGGAGGCUCAUCUCUCUCCAUUAGUGUUAGACAUCCUGAAAUGGACAGUGGAUUACUUCAAGAGCAAACUGCUAAGUUGGGUCCAACAGCAUGGAGGAUGGAUCAACAGUUUCUCAGAGCUGGCUCGUUGUCAGAUGGAGAGGAUGUCGUCUAUGACCACAAAAUCUCAAAGAUUCCUCCUCAUCUUUCUUGUGGGCAUUGCAGUGGGCAGUUUAAUCACCUGGACAGUAGGAAAAAGAACUUGAAGCACAUGCUGCAUGCACAACCCUCAUUUAUGUUUACGCACUUAAACCACAGCACGAGUAAUGUAUCUCAGGAUGAACUAUGUACAGUAAACAUGAUUUACUGUGACCAUUGCCCAUUAACACAUGCCAUAAAUGACAUCAGGGAACUCAUUUUUAUUUAACCAAAAUAAUCAGUCUUGAUGUUUAUUGACCAUGUUGGGUGUAUUAUAUGCCAGGCAGUGAAUACAAGUGUGCAGACGUUAUUUUCAUAAAUGUUCUAUUUGAAACAAUUGUUGUUUCUAAGCAGGUAAUGUGGCUGUGUAAGUAAUGCAUUAAUUUAUUUUCAUUGGAGAUGUGAUAACUUUGAAUGCAUUAAAAAAUGAACAAUAAUUAAAUACUACAUUUGGAAAAGGGGAGAUCAUGUGUUAUAAGUGGACCAGUGUUAAUAUAGUAAUACUUAAAUGAAAUAAAUUUUGCAAGACAAUAUGAAUCAAA